GUUUUCAAGACAGUCCACAUUGACUCUUUGCCUUCCAUUCAACACAUUUGCGAAUCCACUCCACUCCUCUUAUUCACAAUCAAUAUGGUCUCACCAACAGACAAAACACCAAAAACGCCUGCAACAACAGAAGACAAGGAGGCUGCUGCAGCCAAGCUGAAAAAGGGUACAGCAUCAAUAAUGCUCGAGGAGGACGAUGAGUUUGAGGACUUCCCCGCCGAUGCGUGGGAGGAAACUGAAGAUGAUCAAGUUACCUUGAAUCAAUGGGAGGACACAUGGGCGGAUGACGAUGAAACUGAAGAUUUCUCUGUGCAGCUACAGUCUGAGAUGACGAAAAGAAAUGGGGCUCAGCCGAUGAAGAUGUAAAUAGUGGAUAUGAUGAAGUCUCGGUGGACCCUUCUAGGGCUUGCGGAAGGCUAUAUAUCUAGCACAAACUGUCCUAGUUGGCGUCAUGUCAAUAGUUGCUCACUUGUAAUGGGGAUUAGAAGGAUAUAACAGGCUUGAAACGCCUGUCGCAAAGAGUCCCAUGGAUGAUAGUAAUAGUCCGGCGCAUGCCUAUGGGUCAAGGUAUUCACACUGGCUGGCAGUAAAGGAAGAGCUUAUUUGGUCCUUGAUUGCGAAUACCGUCUGACAGAGAGUGAUGAUGACAACACGAAUGCGUUGGACAUUGACUGGAGGAUUAAUUGGCCCUUGCUCUGCAUAUUACCUGACGGAUUGACGACAAUACAGGAUGC